GGCUGCAUUUCACAGGAAACCAAGCCUAAAACGGAUCUAUCAGGAGGUUUUCUGCUGAAGGGCACUGCUUAGCAUUGAGAAGAAUUCAACCCACCGCCUUACUAAUUUCCAGCGCCCCGAGGUCUCUGCACUGCCGCCCCUCCUCACAGGAGACAGACACCUCAGCCUAGAUCCCUUGGUGCUCUCCACGCUGUUCAGGCUGAAUUGAAGAUCCCUCUUACCUGCCAGGUGCCAAGAACUAUGAACAGGCAGGGCAAUAGAAGGACAACUAAAGAAGGAUCCAACGAUUUGAAAUUCCAGAACUUCAGUCUGCCAAAAAACAGGUCAUGGCCUCACCUCAAUAGUGCCACAGGCCAGUACCAGAGGAUUAACAAGCCUCUCCUAGACUGGGAAAGAAACUUUGCUGCAGUCCUGGAUGAAGCAAAAGGCCACAGUGAUGAUGACUAUGAUGACCCUGAGCUUCCGAUGGAAGAGACGUGGCAGUCGAUUAAAAUUUUACCAGCCCGGCCUAUAAAGGAAUCUGAAUAUGCAGAUACACGCUAUUUCAAGGUUGCAAUGGACACUCCCCUUCCGUUAGACACCAGGACCUCUAUCCCCAUUGGACAGCAGACCUGGAACACACAGACGAGGUUGGAAAGAGUGGACAAACCCAUUUCCAAGGACAUCAGAAGCCAAAACAUUAAAGAAGACACAUCUGCAAGAAAGAACAAGAUUCCUUUACCACCUCCUCGGCCUCUCAUCACACUUCCGAAAAAGUACCAGCCCUUGCCACCUGAGCCGGAGAGCAGCAGGCCACCUUUACCUCAGAGACACACCUUUCCGGAAGUCCAGAGAAUGCCCAGUCAGAUAAGCUUAAGGGACUUAAGUGAGGUCCUUGAAGCAGAAAAAGUUCCUCGUAACCAGAGGAAGCCUGAAUCAACUCAUCUGUUACUAAACCAAAAUACUCAAGAGAUUCCACUUGCCAUUAGCAGUUCUUCAUUCACGACAAGCAACCACAGUGUGCAAAGCAGAGAUCAUAGAGGAGGCAUGCAGCCCUGUUCUCCUCAGAGAUGCCAGCCUCCAGCCAGCUGCAGCCCUCAUGAAAAUAUAUCGCCCUAUAUAUACACAAGCUGGAGACCACCUUUCCCCAAAAGGUGUGAUAGAAAGGAUGUCCAGCGCAAUGAAUGGUACGUUGGAGAAUAUAGCCGCCAGGCAGUGGAAGAGGCAUUCAUGAAGGAGAACAAGGAUGGUACUUUCUUGGUCCGAGAUUGUUCCACAAAAUCCAAGGAAGAGCCCUAUGUUUUGGUUGUGUUUUGUGAGAACAAAGUCUACAAUGUAAAAAUCCGCUGCCUGGAGAGGAAUCAGCAGUUUGCCCUGGGGACAGGACUCAGAGGAGACGAGAAGUUUGAUUCAGUAGAAGACAUCAUCGAACACUACAAGAAUUUUCCCAUUAUACUAAUUGAUGGGAAAGAUAAAACUGGGGUCCACAAGAAACAGUGUCACCUCACUCAUCCACUCCCUCUCACCAGACACCUCUCGCCUCUGUAGCCUGGUCUUUGUGUUAUCUUUGGUUUACUGGAUUCAAUGCUUCCAUCGUUUUCAUUGAUUUCAAAAGCUUAUUUUCUGCCUUCAAGGGAUGACUUUUUUGACUUUGUAGAAAAGAAAACCACUCUAUAACAGAGAGUGGAAAAUCAAUCAUGGUUUUGAAAGUUCAAACCACAGAGAAAAUAUUUAUAACAUGCAAAAAAUAAAAACAUUCUAGUAACUGGCCACUGGAAAAUAAAUAAAAAUAAAAACUA